UCAAAUCAUCUUCUCUGUUUCUCUCCUCUCUUCAGGCGUGGCUUUUGGCUUUCAUUACUCUCUCUUUCUUUUAUUUUUUCCCUGUGUCUCUCUCUGGAAGCCAUCAAGAACACAUCAAUGAAAAUGUCUGCUUUCUUUAUUUCAUAAGGAAUUUUUCUUUCUUUUGCAGAGAGCAAAAAAGAAGAGAAAGAGAAAGGGAGAGAGUCAGUCUUUGUCUUCAAAAUGUCCUUUGUUUCUUUCGCAUAAUUAAUCAUGGUUGCUGCCAUUAAUCUCUCUCUUUCACUUGUAACCGGCUUUUGACACUCUUUGAAGCAGACAAGAAAGAGCAAACAAUAUCAUUCAUAUCCCACUGUUCGAUUCUCUGUUUCUCCUCAUUCCUCAACUUCUCUUCUCUUUUUUGUUUUUUUUUUCUUUUAAGCCUAUAAAGCCAUGGAUAUGUGGGUUAAACUGCCAAGAGAAGAUCGGUGUCGAAACAGGAGAGAAAACCCAUCUUUCUCUUCUACUCUUCUUGAUGCUAUCUACCGUUCUAUUGAUGAAUCCAACGGUAGUAAAGGAGAGGAAGAACUGAUUUUCUACAGAGAAACUACCAUGAGGAAGAAGCACAGCAAUAAUUGUUCAUUGAAAGAAGAAGAAAUGACGAGCCUUCAACGUGCUUGCAUGAUCGAGAAGUGGAUGGAAAAGAAAGCCAGCUGUGAUAACAAGGUUGCCAUUAGACGAAAAUCCAUGGCGGAUUCUGAAAGAAACUCUCGAAAUGACUUUGAUCCCGUGUUGUUGAACUCGAGCUCCAGCUCCUCUGAUUCCAGCUGCGGUGGUGGGUUUUCAUCCUCGGAAUCAGAUUCCUUUUAUAAUGCAAAAUCAAGGUCAUCAUCUUCAUCGUCAAGUCAUUACACUACUCAUAGGCCUAAGCCUAUUCGGACGAGCGUCUCAGCUCGGCCCGAGAGAUACGAAAGGCCUCAACAUGAAGUUGAAAACAGUUUCCAUGCUGCUACACAAAAGCCAAAGCAUGAAGGAGGUUUUGUGAGAACAAAAUCCAAGGCCUUGAAGAUUUACAGUGACCUCAAGAAGGUUAAGCAGCCGAUAUCUCCAGGUGGUCGGCUUGCAAGUUUCCUUAACUCGCUUUUCACUGCAGGGAAUGCCAAGAAGGCAAAGAUUUCAUCGUCAGGGUACGAGGAAAGGAAGUUAAAGUCCGAGCAAACAUCAUCAACAUGUUCUUCAGCUUCCUCGUUUUCAAGGUCCUGUUUGAGCAAGACUCCAUCUUCAAGAGGGAAGUUAAGCAGUAAUGGGACAAAAAGGUCGGUCAGGUUUUGUCCUGUUAGCGUUAUUCUUGAUGAGGAUUCCAGGCCAUGUGGGCAUAAAAGCAUUCACUAUGAAAAUGAUCAAACGUCAAUGAUUAGAAAACCAAGCAACAAAGAGCUUGAGUUCCGCAACUUGGAAGAAAACCGUCGAGUCGUGGAAGCUGCAAAGGAUCUUUUAAAGAGUUACCAGAAAAAGAAGGAAGAGUAUGACAUGAGAGAUGUCCGCAAUGGCAAUGGAGAUUCUAGUGAAGACGACGACGAAGAAGACGCAGCAAGUUAUGCAAGUUCCGACCUCUUUGAAUUGGAUAAUCUUUCAGCUAUUGGUAUUGAAAGGUACCGAGAAGAAUUGCCUGUGUACGAAACAACCCAUCUCGAUACUAAUCGGGCCAUUGCUAAUGGUUUGAUUGUGUAAUUCCCAAAAAGCAAAAAAUAAUAUAUAUAUAUAUAUAUAUAUAUAUAUAUAUAUAGUACUAAUUAGUUCUAUUAGUUAAAUGGUUUGGGGGUUUACAUCAAAGAAUAAUAUUUCUCUUUUGGUA